AAAAUAUCUUUCCAGGAAAGGUAUAACAGUGGCUUACUUGACAAUCCAACAUUGUUCAUACACGAUUGGACUGGUAGCAGCAUUAUAUCUCCCUCCUUUUGGAUCUGCUACACACAGACUUGGAUAUGCAUAUGGCAGUGUAACAUUGGUCGAGGGACUUGCUCACAUUGGUGAUUCAGUAUGGCUAGCAAUUUUAAAUCUUUCGCACUUUCAUUAAGGACUGAAACCAACGAUGUAAACGUGACACUGUCCUGGAGCGAUGAUGAAGUUACACAUCUCUUUGUGGUGGUGUACAAACCACUUGGUUCGUAUCAUGCCAUGUACCUUAUUGAGACUGAGGACCUGGACCCAGAAGAACUGACACUGGAUCCAACAGAUGACGGUGGACCUACUGUGUUGGUGUAUGGGGUGAAGAUAGUGCCGACUGUCCAACAAAGUCUACGCAUGUUUCAAGUGCUGAACUCUGGCAGUGUCACAGUCGGCAUAUUUACAGGACCAGAAGUGUCCGUAACACUCAACAACAGUAAAACUCCGCUCACAACCAGUUUGGUGUAUACCAAGAUGGCUAUGGAGGAUUUUGAAGUUUCCACACGAUACACCCCACCAGCAGACUACAAGAUACUGACUGAACAGAGCCUCCCUGAUGCUAGCACCACUCUCAUAUACCUGCACCGUGACGACACCCAGUAUCUCCUUGAGACCCCUAUGCCUGCCUUGGGGGUGAAGGUCCCAUUCCCACUACCCCCCAGACAAGCUUAUAAUGGAAUCGUCCUGCAGACAACAAGGACAGAUCACCAUGGACACAUAAAGUACCAAUGUCAGCGAAAAUCGAAAGGUUUUACCCUGAAUUCAGUGAUGACUAAGGACGAUUUGGAGAGACUGAAGGCAAAAGCAGAGUUAUUCAUGCUGAGACAUCAAUCUACACAUGAGGUCAAGGUCAUGUUCCGGAACAAGCCGCGGGAGAAAAUGGACGACAUCAUGGAAAACAAGGCUGGACUGAUGAAGAAAUACAUCAAAGACAGGAAUGGGGAUGCACACUCCCCAAUCAACAACAACAUUGAUGGCCUCUUUUUCAGCGUCUCUCUUGACAGAGGGACUUUAAAUAUUCCUACUUUCUCGUAUUAUGGCAACCGGAGACUGGAUGUACCAGUUGAAGGGCUCUUCACACAAAACACAAAUAUAUAUUUCACCGAUUUUUAUUGCACCUAUAGCGCUCAUUACGUGACAGUUGUCAUGACAAUAAAAGAUUCAGACACAGACAGAUUCUGUGAGGCAACCCUGCUCCAGCUGGACCCCUGCGACAAUCCGUUCCUUUACAGAGAGGGACUGACGGUACACACGACCCGGGCCCUCCAUGUUGAGGUGUUGUAUACGGAGGACGUGAACAUCACAGCCCUGCAGGAGCAGUAUGGAACAGAGAGAGUAUGCUUCUCCAACACAAGGGCUCUUGGAAGUGGGCAGAGCACUAAACAUGGCCUACCGAAGAACAAACGUUGUGUCAUUUGUAACUUGUGAUCAUUGUCCAGGGUUUGAAAUUGACGCUUUGAGGUAGCAAAUUUGCUAUUCAAAAUCCUAUUUUGCGACCUGAAAAAACCCACACAGUAGCAACAACUUGCUACCUGGUAUUUUUUACUGAAACCACUCACGUUCAUCAAUUAGCCAUCAUUUUCAAAGGAAAGAUCUCCACUUGUGCACUUUCACUCGUAAACUUACCGAUACUGCGUUUUCAUUUUCCCAAAAAUGCUCAUCGUAGCUUUUCUUGGUCACUUACGCAUCGCAAAACUCGCAUAUUUGCGACAUAGAACCAGUCGACUGGCAUGCACAGAAGUAUUACAAUACUGCUUCCAAUGUUUGAUAAUGGACUUUCAUCAGUUCCUGAAGCGUAAGGGCGAUAUAACGUCGUCUGCUAGUACAAGUAAAGGUAUCAGUUUUGCAUAACUUGAUAAAUAAUAUACCACCAGUAUGCAGAGGUACUUAAGAUGCUAUGAACUGAUUAUAUGAUGUAUUUUACGCAAUACGAAAAAAUGCUGCUACCAGGUAAGGGAUUUUGCUACCUAUUCUUAAACCAGGUAGCAAGUACCUGCUACUUCUUAAACAAGUUAAUUUCGAACACUGAUUGUCACAGUUAUUCUCAUGGAGAACUGGUAGAGGACAUAAUGUGUACGCGAGAUGGUCUUCCGUUACACAUACAAGUGACUACCUGAGAAGGGAUCACUCAUCUGUGUGACUGCCUGACCACUAACGGUGAAAUUCUGCAUGUCACACUAAAAUGCAUCUAAAAGUGUUAUUUACUUAAUAAUGAAACAAAAUUGGAACAGUCAUUGAUAGUUGUUCAAGUUAUUGAAUGACAAUGAAUGAAAACAUAAAAGG